CGUGGUAUUACUCUCGCCCUUCUCUGCCCGCUCCGCUUCUGCGUUCGUGUGACCUCUCGCUUUCUUAAUUCCCCAUCUGAAACCCCGCAAACUCCUUCUCCGACCAAUACCCUCUUCUCGAUCCAAUCCGAGAUCGGCGAGCAGUUAAAGGAACCCGGUUUGUCGUGCCGGUUAUCCGCUUCUUUUGUUGGGGAUUCGGGAGCAUCGGAAGGUCCGUAUGUGAGUGUGGGGCAUCUGCCUAAGCUUUCCUGUUGCUAGGGUUAGGGAUAUGGGGAGCACUGGAGAGCCGGAGAGGAAGCGGCGUCAUUUUAGCUCCAUCUCCCCUACCAGCGCCGGUGCGACCACCAAGAAGCAGCCGUUAGCCCCUUGCAAAGAGGACAAGAAGCUCGAUUUUGCUGUGCUACGAUACAAGAAUCAGAAGCUCUCUGAACAGUUAGAAGCUCAGAAAUUUGAGUAUCUUGCUCUUGACAAUAAAUUUCAUCAGCUAAAAGAGAAACAGAAGAUUCAUGAUGACACUUUACUUUUGGUUAAUAACUAUUGGGAGUGGCUAGUCAAUGAUCUGGAAUCACUUUCUGCCAGUGCAAGUGGAUCCACGAGUAGUGGUCAUCACUUGAAGCAUUCUCAUGUUUUAGAGGAUGGACCAUCCUGCCCCACUGAAGGUGACUUUUUGAGGAGACUUCUGGAAGCAGGUGCUACUGAAAGUUCACAUUAUGUAUCCCCUACUCCGGACAGAGAUAAUAUGCAGGGAGCAGAAUUGACAACAAAACACAUCUUACAGAAUAUUAUAUGUUCACUUAAUGAUAUGUGGCAUGUAAACGAGGUGUUUGUUGCUGCUGCUGACCAGGUGGCUCAAGCAGAAGAUGAAUCAAGCAGGCAAUUGCAGAAGAUUGCCAAGGAUUUAGAGGUAGAAAUUAGGAACUUUUUUGCGGGCAUGAAUGAUCUUCACUUCAAACACAGACUGUUGGCAGACAGUGUCCAGCAUUAUCGAGAUGUAGAUAUGAAAAAUAAGGCUGAAUGUAAACGUCUGGCAGAGGAGUCGGCAAGUACGGUUGCUGAGCUGGAAGAAAGCAAUUGUAAACUAACAAUCCUCAAGUCGCAGAGAGAUACAGCACAAAGCACAUGUUUUGCUUUUCCAACUUUUGGAAACAAACAAGUAGGUGGAGAUAAGGAGAAAGAUGUACAAAAAGAUAUGCAAGAUAUGGAAUCUUCCCUCAAGGAACUGACUGAUUUAGUUUCAAGCCGGUUAGAAGAGAUUAGAAGAUUGCAUGUAGAGAGAAUUGAAAUUCCAAAGAAAGUAGCUGAUCUCCGGAAUUCUUUCAUGGAUAUUAAGAAUAUCUCUUCAUCCAAAUCUUUUCAAUUGCUGAAUGAGUACGUGGAGAAAUCAAAGAAAGAAACGGAUGAAUGCCGGGCAUUGCUCGAGAAAUUGCAGGUUGAAAAGGAUAGCUUCAUUUGGCGUGAAAAAGAAGUGAAGUUGAAAGUUGAAUUAGCUGACAUUUCUCGGAGAGUGGCUGCGUUUUCUGAGUCUAGAAUUGUCGAGCUAGAACAGAUUUUGCAGAAACUAGCUGAUGAAAGGGUUCUCUUAGAGAUUAAGCUAGAAGAGGCUGCAAGAGAACCAAGUAGGAAACAAAUAAUUAAAGAGUUUAAGGCACUUGUCUCAUCACUACCAAAAGAUUUGAGAAUCAUGCAAAGUGAAAUCGACAAAAACAAGGAGGCUGCCAUAGAACUUCAUUCUUUGCGAGCUGAAGUUCAAUCUCUUUCUAGUGUGUUGCACAGGAAGGAGGAUGAGAUUAAAUCUUUAUCAGGCAAAUCCAUUAGACAACUAUCUGAAAUAAAGAAGCUGCAGUCAUUGGUUCACGAUUUAAGAGAGAAUAAUCAGGAGCUGAAGCUAUUCCUAGAGAUGUACAGUCGUGAAUCCACCGAUUCCAGGGAUGUUAUAGAGUCUAAGGAUAACGAAUAUAAGGCAUGGGCUCUUGUGCAUAGUCUUAAAUCAUCUCUUGAUGAGCACAACUUGGAGUCAAAUGUUAAGGCAGCCAUUGAAGCUGAAGCAAUAUCCCAAAAGAGGCUAACCUCUGCUGAAGCUGAGAUCGAUGAACUAAGGCUGAAGUUGGAGAAAUGUGACAGAGAAAUAUCGAGUUUGUCUGAUAUUCUGAAGUCUAAACAUGAGGAAGGCGAAGCCUAUCUAUCUGAAAUUGAGAGUAUCGGACAAGCAUAUGAAGACAUGCAAACUCAAAACCAACAUCUCUUGCAGCAAAUCAUAGAGAGAGAUGAUUACAACACCAAGCUUGUUAUGGAAGGCGUGCAAGCCCGGCAAUUGCAGGAAGCACUCCGCUGGGAGAUACAAACCAUGGACAAAAAAUUGCAUCAAGCAAAUUUGUUGAAGGAUUCAUAUGACCUGAAAGUUGCCCAAAUGGAUGAGCAGUUAAAAGUAUGGUCAGAUCAAGUUGGGAAACUUGCUGAGGAUGGAUGGCAAAGCACCACUGCUUUUGAUAAUACCAAGAAAAGAUUCUUGGAGGUGCAGACUGAGUCUUACAAAUCGAGGCAGUCACUUGAUGGAGCGCUAACUAAAGUUGAGAAAAGCCGACUGGAUAUUGCAGAUUUGCUGAUAGAAUUAAGGAAGGAGAGCAGGUUUAACAGGAAGAGAAUUGAGGAGAGCAUGGAAGUCAUGACAAGGAAAGCUGCCUUUCUUAGGGAACAAACCAAAGGCUCCACAGUGUUGCAGAAACUUAGACAAGAAGUAAAAGAAUAUAGGGGGAUACUGAAGUGCAGCAUCUGCCAUGACCGACAAAAGGAGGUUGUGAUUACGAAAUGUUUCCAUUUGUUCUGUCAUCAAUGUGUUCAAAAAACCAUUGAUAGCCGUCAACGUAAGUGCCGAACUUGCGGCAUGAGUUUUGGGCCUAAUGACGUGAAAUCGAUCUACAUAUGAUCCUGGAUCUAGAUGAUGCUUGAGCGCAAGAAAGAAAGCAAAAACCAUUGUCGCAGUGUGACUGGGUUGUGUUGCUUCAACCAAUUCUUGUAUCUUUGAAGCUUAUUGUUUGUAACAUAGCUUGGGAUUGAAUAGGCACGGGACUUUUCAAGAUCCCGUGCUCAUAUGGUCUUCUUACUAACCUACGCCAAGCGCCAUCUACACCCAUAUUACUGCACCAGCAGCCUGUUCCUGUCAUUCUAUUGUUUCAUAGUUUCUAUUAAUUGAGACCCAGGUUGAGCUUGCUUAGCUUGCAUCCGGCGGUGGUGCAAAAAUUUGUUUGAAGCCAGUUUGUAAUAAUUUAUAAGAUACUUUCAGUUUGUUCCCAUGGAAUAUACCAUGUUAUAUCACUGCAUCUA